GCAUAAUCAUAAUUGUCCAGGGUUUAAUAAAAGAUGACUGAAGACGACGCGAUGCAACCACGGCCAUCUCGACAACUUCGACAACCUCGACAACUCUCGCUUUUCUAUCAUCCGCGAACUUGAGGAAUAAGGGACAGUCCAUAGAGUUCAAGAUGGAGAAGCACGAUGAGAAGACCACGGCCACGUCCGUCCAAGAGGGGAGGCAAGACGAUGUUGACAAGGCCUAUGAGUUCGCCAGACAGCACGCUGUUGGACCCCUGACCGAGGCAGAGAACAAGCGCGUCUUGCGCAAGAUUGACAACCACCUCCUACCAUUGAUGGUUAUCACGUAUACUCUCAAUUUCAUGGACAAGAAUGCGCUCUCUUAUUCCGCCAAUUUUGGUCUUCUCACGGAUAAUCACCUAGCCGGGAACCAGUACAGCUGGGCUUCCGGCUCAAUUUUCUACCUUGCCUAUAUGGUCUCUCAACCUAUUGUUGCUCGCUUGAUCGUGCGCUUUCCCAUCGGUCGCUUCGUCGCUAUUGCGACCAUGCUCUGGGGGGCCGUGUUGAUGACUACGGCUGCAUCCCGCUCCUUCGCCAGCCUAAUGGUUAUUCGUGCCAUCCUGGGAUGUAUGGAGUCAUGUAUCAACCCGGCCUUUAUUGUCAUCUCUUCCCAGUGGUGGACUCGCGAAGAACAGCCCCUACGCAUCUCGUAUUGGUACAUCGGUAACUCCAUCGGUCAGGUCUGCGGUGGCCUUCUCGGCUACGGCAUAGCUCAUAUCACCAACCACAAUGUUCCCAAUUGGGCCUGGUUCUUCCUGAUCUUUGGCGCCUUUACCAUACUCUACGGCGGCUUCUUAUUCUAUUACCUCCCAGACUCCCCAUUAACUGCUCGCUGGCUUUCGGAACAGGACCGAGCCUUAGCUAUCGAGCGUGUUCGGAGCAAUCGUACAGGUGUAGAGAACCAUGUGUGGAAAUGGUCCCAAUUCAAGGAGUGCAUUUUUGAUGUACAGUGUUGGAUUCUGGUCGCCACAUUUUUCCUCGAUGAUAUCCCAGCCGGCGGAGUCGCUUCUUUCGGUAGCAUCGUCGUUAAGGGAUUUGGGUUCAGUGCACUUUACUCGACACUCCUGCUAGUACCCUUAGGCGUCAUUCAAGCUAUCUGUGUUCUCAUCGGUGGCUUCCUAACCAGACGCUUUCAAAACAUCCGCUUAUGGUUGGUUGCUGGUUGCCAAAUACCGGCUCUAAUUGGCGCCGUUUUACUCUACACCCUACCCCGAGAGAACCAACGUGGACUACUAGGCUCUUACUAUGUAGUCCAAACUCACGGCAUAGUAUCGACGCUUACUAUGUCCUUGGUCGCUAGCAAUUUCGCCGGAUACACAAAGAAAGCUACUGCAUCAUCUAUGAUGUAUAUUGCAUUUUGUGUCGGACAAGUUGUCGCUCCUCAGCUUUUCCUCGCAAAGGAGGCUCCAGGAUACAAAAGUGCUUUCCUCGCCGCUUUCGUCUGCUUCGCCUUAUGUAUCGUAUUUAGCAUCGUUCUGCGAUUCUACCUCAUCUGGGAAAAUAAGAGACGCGAUAGCCUAGCCUCCGCACAGGGCGAGCUAAGUCAUUCUGAUGACGAGUUUCUCGACCUCACCGAUAAAGAACAGAAGCUCGUUUUCCGCUAUGUUCUUUAGAUGGAGCAAUAUUCACUAUAGAGUUAUUUUUGGACGGAGAAUCCGGAUAUGAUCAAUGUUUAUCUCCGUAUAUGAAAGCAUAUGGCAGGGUUUUGCGCUUUUCGGGAUUUUUAAGGCUUAAGUUCGUAAUUCAAAGAUAGGAGAUGUGCGAUGAUUAUGAAAAUAUUCGUUACAUCCGACGAACCAAUAUCUUUGUCUUCCGUCCAAUCUCGACGAUAAUCAUAAGUCGCGAAGCACCCAUUACUAGGAAAUCGCAUUUUCUUUUCCAAGCCUACACAUGCCAUUCCUCAGAUGCACUGCAAGACAGAUCUCGAAAGGACCGAAUGCUUGACAACCAACAUGUAUCUCCGUGGAGACGGUAGUAUCCUAUCGUAAUGCAUAUCGU